UUCUAGAGUUCCAGUCUCACCAUGCCUGAGCCUGCGAAGUCCGCUCCCGCCCCGAAGAAGGGCUCCAAGAAGGCCGUGACCAAGGCGCAGAAGAAGGACGGCAAGAAGCGCAAGCGCAGCCGCAAGGAGAGCUACUCGGUGUACGUGUACAAGGUGCUGAAGCAAGUGCACCCCGACACCGGCAUCUCGUCCAAGGCCAUGGGCAUCAUGAACUCGUUCGUGAACGACAUCUUUGAGCGCAUCGCCGGCGAGGCGUCGCGCCUGGCGCACUACAACAAGCGCUCGACCAUCACGUCCCGGGAGAUCCAGACGGCCGUGCGCCUGCUGCUGCCCGGGGAGCUGGCCAAGCACGCCGUGUCCGAGGGCACCAAGGCCGUCACCAAGUACACCAGCUCCAAGUGAGUCAGUCAUCUAACUCACUCUUAACCCAACGGCUCUUUUCAGAGCCACCUACACUUUCAGC